GGGGCCAGAGCCGAGGCACCGCCUCCAGCGCGUUUCCAUGGCGACCGCAGCCUCGGUCUCGCCGGCAGCCCCUGCCCCGCCCGGCUGCGAAGCGUCUGGAACCGCAUCCUCCGCAUCCACAUCCGCAGCGUCGUCCUCCCCGACCCGUCCUGCAGCAGCUGCCGGCGGAGCCGCCUGAUAAGGACCACUGUCCACCAUGGUGAAGCUGGGCUGCAGCUUCUCUGGGAAGCCAGGUAAAGACCCUGGGGACCAGGAUGCGGCCGCCAUGGACAGUGUGCCUCUGAUCAGCCCCUUGGACGUCAGCCAGCUCCAGCCGCCGCUUCCUGAGCAGGUGGUCAUCAAGACGCAGACAGAAUACCAGCUGUCCUCCUCGGACCAGCCGAAGAAGUUCCCUGACCUGGAGGGCCAGAAGCCAAACUGCAGCCACGUAGAGGAAGGGCGCAGGCUGCCCACGGGGCGGAUGAUUGCCUUCACCAUGGCGCUGAUGGGCUGCGUGCUGAUCCUGUACAAGGCCAUCUGGUACGACCAGUUCAGCUGCCCCAACGGCUUCCUGACUCGGCACAAGCUGUGCGCGCCGCUGACCCUGGAGAUGUACUACGCCGAGAUGGACCCGGAGCGCCACCGCAGCGUCCUGGCGGCCAUCGGGGCCUACCCGCUCAGCCGCAAGCACGGCACCGAGCCGCCGGCGCCCUGGGGGGACGGCCGCCGCGCCAACAGGGAGGAGCGCAAGGGGCCCACCCAAGCUGGGGCGGCGGCGGCCACCGAAACCCCCGGGAAGCCGUCGGCGGAGGCGGAGAAGGAGGCGGCGCAGAAGGCGGCGGGGAGCGCGGCGACCCCGCCCGCGCAGUGAGGGUCCCCCGCCCGCAGCCCAGCCCGGGCGCCCCCCGGCAGCUCCAGUGACCAGCGCGCCGCCCCCGCUCUCCGCGUGUUCGUGUCUCGCCCCAGGCGCCCUCGCUGCAGCCCCGCCCCCUUGGGUCUCUGUCGCUUUUCUCUAAGUAAAGAUUUCGCGUC